GACUAGUCCUGUAUUCCUCAUAAUGAAACCUACAACACUAUAAAGCCAGUGAAGGGAACAAACGAGGACAGGGAGCAAGACAGGGGUUAGAAAAUUAAUGUCCUCACUAUCAAAAGUGCCAGCAAACCAACAACAACCAGGAGAUUAUCUCUCAUUCUCUGCGCAUGAUGGCUCAGAUGGGGAUUACCAGUCUGUGUGUGGCUGUCUGCAUCAUUGGACUCAUUCUAAGCAGCAACCUGGAUGUGACUGUUGGAGAACAAGCACUGGACUGCUGUUUGAAAGUCAGCCAUCACAAAAUCCCUAAGAAGAUUGUCUCCUGCUACCAUGAGCAGCUCCGAGGCGAUGGCUGCUAUAUCGAUGCCGUUGUGUUCAGAACCAGAAAAGGUCGGGACCUGUGUGCUCCACCUAAUGCUGAUUGGGUCUCAGACCUGAUGGAUGCAGUGGAUGCCAGGCCAAAGAAGAAGUCCAAGGUAAAACACUGUGAGGACAUGAAGUUCAAGCCUUAUUAAGGGGCACAAGAUCACUUAAGGAACGUUACAAUUCACGGCAGCUCUACAGCUAAAUUUUAAACACUGUUCUCUUUAGUAACAGUUGCUUUAUGAUGUGGUGUUUCCUCUUUGUUAAAAUGAAUUUGACACUUUAUUUUUCUUCAGGUUUAUAUAGAACAUAUUAAUAUUUUUACUGUUGCUAUUUUAUUCAUUACUAUAAAUACUGUGAAGUGACUUUUUAACUACUAUAAUGUUUAAGAUUUAAAAAAAUAUCUAUUUUUACCUGUAGGCCAUUCAGUAAAUAAAUUACAU